AUGAAAUUGAAAUCGAUGGAUACUGUGGAUAUGCCCAUUUUCGGUAGCACUCUGAAGCUCAUGAAGUUCUGGUCAUAUCUCUUCGUUCACAACUGGCGUCGAUAUGUCGCUAUGGCUCCGUACAUGAUAAUCAACUGUACUCAGUAUGUGGAUAUAUAUCUGAGCACCGAGUCCCUGGAUUUCAUCAUCCGAAAUGCGUAUUUGGCUGUUCUGUUCACCAACACAGUGGUUAGAGGUGUUUUGCUGUGUAUUCAACGAUUUAGCUAUGAAAGAUUCAUUGAAAUGGUGAAGAACUGUUAUAUAGAAUUGUUGGAAUCAGAUGAUCCCACUAUUAAUCUGUUGGUGGAGAAGACCACACGCCUUUCAAUUUUUAUAGGAAGGGUUAAUUUGCUUAUGGGCUGUUGCACUUGCAUUGGCUUUGUUACCUAUCCAAUUUUCGGUUCAGAAAGAGUUUUACCAUAUGGCAUGUACUUGCCUGCUAUCGAUGAGUACAAGUACGUGUCACCCUACUAUGAAAUUUUCUUUGUUAUCCAGGCCAUUAUGGCCCCCAUGGGAUGUUGCAUGUACAUUCCAUACACCAAUAUGGUAGUUACCUUUACCCUUUUUGCUAUACUCAUGUGUCAAGUUCUGCAACAUAAGUUGAGGAGUCUAGAAAAGCUGCAAGUUGAUCAAGUUCAUGGCGAAAUUAUAUGGUGCAUAAAAUAUCAAUUAAAAUUGACGGGAUUAGUGGACUCUAUGAAUGCUUUGAAUACUCAUCUUCAUUUGGUAGAGUUCCUCUGCUUUGGGGCCAUGCUUUGUGUUCUUCUUUUCUCGCUGAUAAUUGCCCAAACCAUUGCCCAAACCGUCAUAGUUAUUGCUUACAUGGUAAUGAUAUUCGCCAACAGUGUGGUUCUCUACUACGUAGCCAACGAACUAUACUUUCAAAGCUUCGAUAUUGCCAUCGCUGCCUAUGAGAGCAAUUGGAUGGACUUUGAUGUGGACACACAAAAGACUUUGAAGUUUCUGAUAAUGCGUUCACAAAAGCCCUUGGCGAUUCUGGUGGGUGGCACCUAUCCCAUGAACCUGAAGAUGCUGCAGUCCCUGCUGAACGCCAUUUACUCGUUCUUCACCCUGCUGCGUCGCGUUUACGGCUAA